CAGGAGGAGAACGGGGGUUUCCUGUUUGCCUCUGUGCUGGUUGCGGCCUUCCAUUGAGGGAGAACGAAAGAGUUGAGACGGGGUGGGUGGGUGGCCUAGGCCUCGACCCUGGCUUGAAGCCCGGAACUGGCGGGGGAACAGGAGCCACAGGAGAGGCGGAUUGGGGGGGCUAUGGACCCCACCGAAGCGGUGGUGCAGGAGAAGGCUCUCAAGUUCAUGGACUGUCUGGCAGCAAAGGCAGAAUGGAAGGCAUUUUUUCCUGUAGCUCUGCAUGAAUCAGGCCCAGAAUACACAUGCCUAAAGAUGGAUUUCAGCUUACAUCUUCCGGAUACCAAGCAUGGCUAAAGCAGUGCUCUAUGCCCCGGUCUCUGUGGCUGGGCUGCUCCAGCCUGGCGGACAGUAUGCCCUCGCUUCGAUGCCUCUAUAACCCAGGGACUGGCGCACUCACAGCUUUCCAGAAUUCCUCUGACAGAGAAGAUUGUAAUAAUGAUGAGCCCCCGAGGAAGAUCAUUCCUGAGAAGAAUGCACUCAGGCAGACCUAUAACAGCUGUGCCAGGCUCUGUUUAAACCAAGAAGCAGUAUGUUUAGGGAACACCAAUAUGAAGACUGAAAAUUCUGUGGCCAAAACGAAACUUGCCAAUGGCACUUCAAGCAUGAUUGUCCCCAAGCAAAGGAAGCUGUCUGCAAGCUAUGAAAAGGAAAAGGAGCUCUGCAUCAAGUAUUUUGAACAAUGGUCAGAGUCUGACCAAGUAGAAUUUGUAGAACAUCUCAUAUCCCAGAUGUGUCACUACCAGCAUGGGCACAUCAACUCGUACCUCAAACCUAUGUUACAGAGAGACUUCAUCACAGCACUACCAGCUCGAGGCCUGGACCACAUUGCUGAGAAUAUCCUGUCGUAUUUGGAUGCUAAAUCUUUGUGUGCUGUUGAGCUGGUAUGCAAGGAGUGGUACCGGGUGACCUCUGAUGGCAUGCUGUGGAAGAAGUUGAUUGAGAGGAUGGUCCAAACAGAUUCAUUGUGGAGAGGGUUGGCAGAGCGAAGAGGAUGGGGACAAUAUCUUUUUAAAAACAAGCCUCCUGAUGGGAUAGCCCCACCCAACUCCUUCUACAGAGCACUUUAUCCCAAAAUUAUACAGGAUAUAGAGACAAUAGAAUCAAACUGGCGAUGUGGAAGGCACAGCUUACAGCGAAUCCACUGCAGAAGCGAAACGAGCAAAGGGGUUUAUUGUUUACAAUAUGAUGAUCAGAAGAUAGUGUGUGGCCUCCGAGACAACACUAUAAAGAUCUGGGACAAGAAUACAUUAGAGUGCAAGAGGAUUCUGACUGGACAUACAGGGUCAGUGCUUUGCCUCCAGUAUGAUGAGCGGGUGAUCAUCACUGGAUCAUCGGAUUCCACAGUGAGGGUAUGGGAUGUAAAUACGGGUGAGAUGCUAAACACACUGAUCCAUCAUUGUGAAGCAGUACUUCACCUGCGGUUCAAUAAUGGCAUGAUGGUGACAUGCUCCAAAGAUCGUUCCAUUGCUGUGUGGGACAUGGCCUCCCCAACAGACAUUACCCUACGAAGGGUUUUGGUUGGCCACAGGGCAGCUGUCAAUGUUGUUGACUUUGAUGACAAGUACAUUGUGUCAGCGUCAGGUGAUAGAACUAUAAAGGUGUGGAACACAAGUACCUGUGAGUUUGUGCGCACCUUAAAUGGCCACAAACGAGGCAUUGCAUGUCUGCAGUACAGAGACAGACUUGUAGUCAGUGGUUCAUCAGAUAAUACCAUCAGGUUAUGGGACAUUGAGUGUGGGGCAUGCUUGAGGGUCUUGGAAGGCCACGAGGAGCUGGUGAGAUGCAUUCGUUUUGAUAGCAAGAGGAUAGUCAGUGGAGCCUAUGAUGGGAAGAUUAAAGUGUGGGAUCUGGUGGCUGCUUUGGAUCCUCGUGCCCCUGCUGGAACCCUAUGUCUGCGCACUCUUGUGGAACACUCUGGCAGAGUUUUCCGUCUCCAGUUCGAUGAAUUUCAAAUUGUAAGCAGCUCGCAUGAUGACACCAUUCUUAUCUGGGACUUCCUGAAUGAUCCAGCUACUCAAGCAGAAUCAAAUUGCUCCCCAUCCAGAACAUAUACGUACAUCUCCAGAUAAAUAGUACUACACUGUACCUCACACUUGCACAGGACUCAUUUAAACUGCGAUAUUUAAAUUAUCUGCCAAUCCCAGGGCAAAAGAAUUAUCCACAUAACAGAUAUUAACUGGAGAGAAGCUUUCAGACACACUUCUGGAACCAAGUUGGCAUGCAGUUGAUCUCGGACAAGGUCUACUCAGCACAGCUGACUGCUCAAGUGCUGCUAUCAGAAGAUUUCUUUUAUCUCCUGAAUGACUGAUGUGUUAAACCUCACCUCUUCACUCUCUUCUCCCCCACCCCGUAUCUCCUCUUUUUCAAAGUGCAGAUGUCCUAUAAAUAUAUUUAACAUGAUGCCAGAAUCUCUUGCUUUGCUCUUAAGCAGAAAAAGCAUUGCCACCAUUUAUAUAUCUGGCAGAAUCACUGUGUGAUGUGUUGUAGGAGGGGAACAGCAGGCUGAUGCCUCUGCCUUGGGACUUUAAAAAAAGCAACGUCUCUGCCUGGUUAUAGAAGGGCUUCAAACUUUAUAGAAGGGCAAAAUUCAUGCUAAAUGAGGGCCCUGGUGGCUAGAAACCAGUUAGGUCAUGACAGAAGUAAUUUCAGCUUAAGCCCUUUGCUGUUAUUAAUCUGUAUGAAAUGUUUAUCCAGCAGAUGCAUUAAAUGGAGAGUUUGCUUUUGAGAGGCUUAUUGGAGAUGACAUCAGGUUGUAGUAUGCCGUAUUUAACUAUCAAAGUAAGGGGGAUAGUCUACAGAAAGAUAAUGCUUCAUCUUGCAAUUUGUGGAGUGUGGCACUUGUUCUCUUUCUCCAUAGCAAACAUAUUACAUUCACAUUGGAAGCCAUCUUAUUUGGACUUCCUUCAGUGUUGAGCAAGUGGCUUAGUGAUGCAGACUCUUCUUGCUAACUUGGUUGCAUUGUUGCACCUGGGCAGACGGUUAUGAAUUGCCAACAUACUCAGUUGGAAGGAACUACUGAAUCAGUGGGUGCUUAUGAUGACUCACAUCUCUGUCUGAAAACUGUCAACUGAUUUGUAGUGGAAGGGAGACAAGAAAAAUAGAGGUAAAUAGAGGAGCAGGAAAGAUCAAAAGCAAACCUGUCCUUACGGUACUUAGUAAUUACUCUGGGAAUGACUCAGAUAACCACUGCCCUCUAGGGAGAAUAUCAGAAGUUUGGUCUCCUGACAAAGAGAAGUUAACAUUUUGAGCAGAGGUCUGUUUUAGGCUUUGAAGCUCAGAAACAAGAAUUUCAUUUUAUGCUUCAGGACAGACAGAUUCCUUCAGUGGCCUUUCUGUUUGUUCCCCUUGGGAAUAGGUCUUUUCUCAUUGUCUAUGAUGUUUAGCAUUUGCUGUGUCAUUCUUUGCGGGUCAGUAUUUGAUGGGAACUAAAAAUAAUUAGGCAGCCGGUUCUGCCUCUGUGGUUCUCAACAAUGAUUCAAAAGGAAGGUCCUGUCUUGUCCAUGGAUUUUAACCCUACAUAUAAUCCAGACGCAUUUCAUCAUCAAAAGCAUAGUCAGAAGCAUUUGUUUGCAGGGGGUCGGAUCAUGUUGAUCUGUGUGUGUGCAUUGUUGCAUGUGUCUUAAAUAGGCCCCUCAGAUAGCAGCGUUUUGCCUUGCACACAGUGGGGUGGGGUGGGGACAUUUACCACAUAUUAAGUUAUCAUUGUGUUCACAACUGCCCUUAACACUGUUAAAUCACUUUUUUGUCCUACGCUUACAAAAUUUGCAGGGUUGAGUAUAUACAAGAUUGCAGAUCUGCUGCAGCUGGAGCAUUGACAGGUUAUUCCCAUUCUCUUGCUUGAUGGCAGAGUUGUAAGAUUAGUGCAAUUUUUCCUUGUAAUUUUGUGGAGGGGGCUAUGGCCAUUUCAAGCACAUUUUUCUGUUUUACUGAGUUAUGAAGAGUUGGGGAUCAGAUAAGAAAUAGCUGGUGCAGCAACCCUUCCUUGACUAUCAAGGUGCUGAUCUUUCCAGCUACUCUUCCCAAACAUUUCUAACAUGCUUGUUGAUUUUCUCAACAAACAUGGUGCUAAACAGUUUAUCAUAAUGAGUAAAAUAAGUGCUUAAGGAUAAGGUAAUGAGAUUUCCCAAUAAACUACAGUAUUUCAGAGAAAGAAAUUCAAAUGGUGUAGUCGUGAUACAAUGAGCGUCCACCGUGUAUUGGCAUAGUGAAAAGCUAUUGCAAAAGGGAGACUGUCCCUAUCCAUCUUGUAGCCAUUUAGGUUGCAUGAACUCAGCAGAUGUAUUGACAUUAACAAGCUUCAGAUUAAUGCAUCCUCAACCAUUUACCUGUUAAUCUUGAGAGGAAGGCUUGAAAUCUUCUAUGUGACCAUCUUGUACAUGGAUACUUAAUAAAUUGAGUAGUUAAUUUGCGAAUGCAUCUGAAAAUGAAGUUCAGGAGGGUUUUUUAAUUUUGUUUUUUGUUUGUUUGUUGGAAGGAGGUUGAAUUCUACCUCCUUGCUUUUUGAAUGAAAUGUUAAUGUAGAAUUGAUAGCAACAAAUACUCUUGCUUUUAUACCAAAGUGCAGAACAAUGUGGGCAAGUAUUCACAGGAGGCAAAACCACAUAUAACUGGCUGUUAGUCAUGAGAAAGAUUCCUGCCGUAAAGAUGUGUAUUUCUAAUACUAGGACAGUUGAUUACAGUAAGGCCAGAGGUACUUGAGAAUCCCCUGCAAGUACCUCUGAGCCACUUCUUGUAUUAUUUAUUAAACAUCUGGGCAAACUGAACAUUUUGGUUGUUCUUCUAAGGUUUUAUGCUUGUUUGCAAAAUUGGAGAACAAUAGAGAUAUCCCACAACUGGGGGGGGGGG